CCCUAAAUCCAAAAAGAAAAUAAAAAAAGGAACGAAAAAGAAAAAAGAAUUUCUCUCUUUUUUUCCGUCUUCCUUUUGGAUUUGAAGAGUAUUUACGGAUUCAUAUCUUCAUUCAUUUCACGGUGGCGCAGUGAUCAAAUUCUGUAUAAUCUGAGAAUCGGAAUGAGCACCGGGGAACUCCUUCGCAUCGAUCCUCUGGAUCUCAAGUUUCCAUUUGAGCUCAGGAAACAGAUCUCUUGCUCGAUUCAAUUGUCAAAUGGAAGCGAAAAUCAUGUGGCUUUCAAGGUCAAGACAACUAAUCCGAAAAAGUACUGUGUUCGUCCCAAUACCGGGAUUGUUUUGCCUCGAUCCACUUGUGAUAUAAUAGUAACAAUGCAGGCACAAAAGGAGAUGCCUCCUGACAUGCAAUGUAAGGACAAGUUUUUACUUCAGAGUGUAAUUGCAAGUCCUGAUACAAAUCCAAAAGAAAUUUCUUCUGAAAUGUUCAAUAAAGAAGCAGGAAAGUUAGUGGAAGAGUGCAAGUUGAAAGUGGUUUAUGUAUCUCCGCCUCAGCCACCAUCUCCCGUUGCAGAGGGUUCAGAGGAAGGUUUAUCACAAAGUCCAACCUUAACAGAGAACGGUUUCGAGGCUGCAAGAUCUUUUAGUGAUUCUCUUGACAAAUCUUCUGAGGGAAAAUCACUUAUUACAAAAUUAACUGAGGAAAAGGUGGCUGCAGAUCAACGAAACAACAGGCUUCGUCAAGAACUGGAGCUCUUGAAGCGCGACACCCAAAAAAGUCGCAACGGUGGCGUCUCGUUCAUGUUUGUCAUCAUUGUCGGCUUGCUUGGCGUAAUCUUGGGCUACAUUGUGAAGAAAUGAGCACUUAUUUUUGUUCGCACGUAUUUCGGGACUCUCACUUACCGCAACGGAAACCUGACCAAUUGCUCCUUGCCCCUUGUACUUAGAAACCAUUGGGGUGGUGGUGGUGAAAUGAAUGAAGAGGGGUUCUUGAAGCUGUUAGCUCAACAGUCAAACUGCAUUGUUUUAGAGAGGUUUUGCUCAGGCAGAGGUUCAUUAUAUUGUUGUUUUAUACGAAUCUUUCACUCCAUCAAGCACACAUAAUUCUGUAGACUGGCCUAAAUUUUCUUCAUCAUCAAGACUUUCUUUCUUCUUAAGAUUUUUUACUUGCAACUUUGAUGUCUUUUU